AUGACGUCCUCAGCAGCGUCUAUGCCGUUCAUAAAGAACCUGGCUUCAAGUGACCGCAAAAUUCGGACCGCCGCGCUCGACAGCCUCAAGGGCUUCCUCACCGCCAAGUAUGCCGCCUCCGCCAAUGUGCCGCUGACCUUUCACGACGCCCAGAAGCUGUGGGCCGGCCUCUUCUAUGCGCUCUGGAUGGCCGACCGCGCACCCGCCCAGCAGCGCCUCUGCGACGAGCUGGCCGGUCUGCCCAAGGCUGUGAAGCUGCCGGACGCCGCCGUGGCCGCGUGGCUGCGGGCGUUUUGGGCGACCAUGGCCCGCGAGUGGACGACGGGCAUUGACGUGCUGCGGAUGGAAAAGUUCAUGCUGCUCGUGCGUCGCGUGCUGGGCGCGCAGAUUGCGUGGAUGGCAGGGGAAGAGAUAAAAGAGAAGAAGGAGACGACGGCAGACAAAAAGUCGAGCAAUACGUCCAAAAAGAGCAGCAAGACGGCCGCGGACAGCGCGGCACGCACACUCGGUCUGGAGAUUCUAGCGGAGUGGCCACUCAACAUUGACGGCGAGGCUGCGGUGGAGCCGGUACCGUCUGCGAGCGGCGAGGCCGACGAGGGUGACGAGGAGGUCAGCGAGCGGCCGCGGAAAAAGUCGCGCAAGGCGGUGCCGACAAUGCACAUUCCCGUGGGCCUGACGAUGCACGUUGUGGAUAUCUGGGUCGACGAGGCCGAGAAGCAGGGGCUUCUGGCCACGAGUGAAAGCAGCGAGGAGCAGGGUGCCCUAGAUACAUCCUCUUUGGCGCAUGCAAUGAACGAGCUCGUCGUGAAGCUGGCCGCCAAGACGACCGCACCUGCUGUCCGCCAGCGUACCCGCGAGGCCCUGACGGACGACCGGUUGCCGUGGAACCGGAGUGCGGCUGAGGGCCAGGCCGACGGUGACGGCGACGACGACAAAGGCGAUAAAGCAAACGGCGGCUGGGACGGAUUCACCGACUGA